AUGGCUCUGGAGCACGAAACCCCACCUGCAGAUGCACCGCAGGCGCCCGUCCCCGGCGCCCGCCCAGGCGACUUGGAGGCCGGCGCGACCAUCUCGAAGCAGCCCACCCGCGCGUCGCUGCCCUCGCGCCCCAAUUCGAUGCAUUCGAACGAGCAGGGCGACGGAGCUGCCGAUGGAGACGACACUUCAGAAUUCCCUUGGGGUCCAUCGCACCCGUGCUUCCCGCACCCGAACCCACAUGUACCGCUCAACACGCCGCUGUACGACACCACACGCAUCAUACGGAUAAAGCGCGACUGGAUGGUCAAGGGCGACCUGGCACCCACAUAUGCCAAUCUCUAUCCUGAGAUCCUCGACCCGCUCAUUUCCGAGGAAGACUUUAGGAAAAUAGUACAGCGGGUCAACGACGCUUUGAUAGAAGCAUUCGACCCCUUCACUUUCAGGGCGUGGCUGGAUGCCGUCAUGGGUGUGGCUACUUUCUGGCUGUGGGACGACGCAGGUCUUACUAAAGUCAAGCGGAAGUUGGCGGAGCUCGAAGGUUGGAUAGAGAACUGGAAUAGGGUCCAUGGCGAGAAAGAGGGUGUGAGAAUCAUUCCACUGAGGCGGACGGGGUAUUUGACUGUGCGUAACAACCCUAUACCUACUACGUGGGCGGAGAUUAACAUGAACCAGCUCGACAUCCAAAUCCCAGAUCCUCACCUCGGGCCGGACAACGGCACGGCCUCUCGACCCAACACACAUGGAGAUAGCUUCCAGAACGGAGCUCUGCCAGAGCAAACCUACCCUGAAACGCCCACCUUCCAAGUCCACGCAUCCUCCUCCCCCCAUUGCCGCGGAGAGCUAGCAUCGUCGCGUGCAGUCGUUGUCGGGGCAUGA